GCUAACUUCGAUUGGGUCUUGGGCAACGCCUGGGCAGAUCAUUUUGCGAAGCUGGGCGCGAAGGACAUCGGAUAUGCCGAAGGCUACUGCGACUUGUUCAAGAUGGCGCUGGCUCGAGCCAAGUUGAUGUCCAGGUACCUGGGGUUCACGCUGUGCAGGUUGUUCCAGCAGCAGCUCUGGGAGUCUCAAGAUCGCCAGGUGCUCAAGCUCAAGGAAGUUUGCCCUGGGGCGUCUAAGGAUCCUGCUGUCAGGAAGAACCAGCUCAAGUGGAUUUGUCGAUUUGCCAAAGCGCGCUCUAUCGAGUUCCACGCGUCGGUGCUGGCCCAGAUGAA